AUGUCUGCCUCCAACAACUCCGCCGCUGUUGAUCAGCUCGCCGCCGACCUCAACAACACCUCCAUCGACGGCAAGCCCUCCGUCGACACCUCUGUCUCCGCCCCCGCUGGUGACGAUGCUGGCCCUACCCCCAGCUCCGCCGCUCCUCACCCCCAGAACUCCGCCUCCCUCUACGUUGGCGAGCUCGACCCCUCCGUCACCGAGGCCAUGCUCUUCGAGCUCUUCUCCCAGAUCGGCGCCGUCGCUUCCAUCCGUGUCUGCCGUGACGCCGUCACCCGCCGCUCUCUCGGUUACGCCUACGUCAACUACAACUCGACCCCCGACGGUGAGAAGGCUCUUGAGGAGCUCAACUACACCCUGAUCAAGGGCCGUCCCUGCCGCAUCAUGUGGUCUCAGCGUGACCCCGCCCUCCGCAAGACUGGCCAGGGCAACGUCUUCAUCAAGAACCUCGACGUCGCCAUCGACAACAAGGCCCUCCACGACACCUUUGCUGCCUUCGGUAACAUUCUCUCCUGCAAGGUUGCUCAGGACGAGAACGGCAACUCCAAGGGUUACGGUUUCGUCCACUACGAGACCGAUGAGGCUGCUCAGCAGGCCAUCAAGCACGUCAACGGCAUGCUCCUCAACGAGAAGAAGGUCUACGUCGGCCACCACAUCCCCAAGAAGGACCGCCAGUCCAAGUUCGAGGAGAUGAAGGCCAACUUCACCAACGUAUACGUCAAGAACAUCAGCCCCGAUGUCACCGACGACCAGUUCCGCGAGCUCUUCGAGGGCCACGGCGAUGUCACCUCUUCCUCCAUUGCCCGCGACCCGGACGGCAAGAGCCGUGGCUUCGGUUUUGUCAACUUCACCACCCACGAAGCCGCCGCCAAGGCUGUCGACCAGCUGAACAACAAGGACUUCCACGGCCAGGAGCUCUACGUCGGCCGCGCCCAGAAGAAGCACGAGCGUGAGGAGGAGCUCCGCAAGUCCUACGAGGCUGCCCGCAUCGAAAAGGCCAGCAAGUACCAGGGUGUCAACCUGUACAUCAAGAACCUUGAUGACGACGUUGAUGACGAGAAGCUCCGUACCAUGUUCACCGAGUUUGGCCCCAUCACCUCCGCCAAGGUCAUGAGAGAUAGCCCCUCCGAUGACGAUGAGGAGGCCAAGGAGGCCGACGACAAGGACAAGGAGAACAAGAAGGAUGAGGAGAACAAGGACGAGGCCGCCGAGGAGGACAACAGCGACCAGGACAAGAAGGACAAGAAGGGAUCCAAGAAGCUCGGUAAGAGCAAGGGCUUCGGUUUCGUCUGCUUUAGCAACCCUGACGAUGCCACCAAGGCCGUCGCCGAGAUGAACCAGCGCAUGAUCAACGGCAAGCCCCUCUACGUCGCCCUCGCUCAGCGCAAGGAUGUCCGCAAGAGCCAGCUUGAGGCUAGUAUCCAGGCUCGCAACCAGAUGCGCAUGCAGCAGGCUGCCGCCGCCGCUGGUAUGCCCCAGCAGUUUAUGCAGCCCCCGGUCUUCUACGCCGCUGGCCAGCAGCCCGGCUUCAUCCCCCAGGGUGGCCGUGGCAUGCCCUUCCCCCAGCCUGGCAUGGGUAUGCCUGGUGGCCGUCCUGGCCAGUUCCCCGGCUACCCCCAGCAGGGCGGCCGUGGCGGCCCCCAGCAGAUGCCCCCCAACAUGUACAACAUGCCCAACCAGUUCCCUCCCCAGUUUGGCCAGCCCGGCACUCCCCAGUUCAUGGCUGCCAUGCAGCAGGCUCAGCAGGCUGCUCUCGGUGGUGGCCGUGGCGGUCCUCAGGGCGGCCGUGGCAACGCUGGCAUGCCUCCUAACGCUGUUCCUGGCUUCCCUCCUAACAACCGCCAGGGCAGCAUGGGCCGUGGUGGCAACCGCGGUGGCAACAAUGCCAACAAUACCGCCAACCAGACUGCCCGCCCCGGCGACAGUGGCUCUGCCCUCCAGGCUCAGAUCGCCGGUGCUCCUCCUGCACAGCAGAAGCAGAUGCUCGGUGAGAUGAUUUUCCCCAAGAUCCAGGCCAUUAACGGCGAGCUUGCUGGCAAGAUCACCGGUAUGCUUCUUGAGAUGGACAACUCCGAACUCAUUAACUUGAUCGAGGACGAUGCCGCUCUCAAGUCCAAGGUCGACGAGGCCCUUGCCGUCUAUGACGAAUACGUCAAGACCCAGGAGGGCGGCGAGGAGAAGAAGGAGGCCGAGACCAAGGCCUAA